CAGUAGGAGCGGCUGUCUUGUCUGUCAUGACUCCUCCCAUUCACGUGAGAAUAUGAUGAUACUUUUAACGUUUUCAAUUAAUCUCCUUUAAAUGAAAGGAAAUGACGAAAAUUUGUUGUCUCAGAAUCCAUAAACAGUAGUUUCCCUUUCGAAAUAUCAAACUUGUGUCGUGGCUCGAUAGCCUCUGCAAGUCGGAGGUGAGCAGAAUGAGAAGUGAAAACGUUACCUUGGGCCUGUUAUAACUAUUUGCUUUGGCUGCUACUGUAUGCACUCGCUUACCCACACUGGGCUGAAAUAUAAACUAUGCACUUUAGUACCCCUUUGAAGGUAUCCUUACUUCAGCAAACCCGAAAAACUUUGCAAUUGGAUUUGACCAAUCGGUGUUAUGUAGCUUGGAGUUAUUGACCAGUUGAAAAGUUUUGCCAACCAGUUUUGCUAACCAGCCAUGCUCAGUAGUGAUGCUAACCAAAAGACAUACAUAGCUGGAAUGAAUGUUCGGAAAGUUAUGAGAAAAGAUGACUAACCAUAGUGCAGAAAGGGUGAGAAUCCAGCAGCGCAACAUCCUUACCGCCCUGCCGCAGAGGCCAACAGUCAACAUGUCUCGACGGUCAUCUUGCCGAAGCGGGAAUAAGGAUAACAUGCGAAAGCAUUCCUUACUUUUCCAUCGGGCUUCUCCGUUCUGGUGGAUCCCUCGCUUUGAUUCCGAUAUCUUGGAGGGGCAGUAUUGGCGCAGCACAUUUCCGCAAAUUCGUCUCCGUUUCCAACUUGCUCUACUCUACAUUUUCAUUGUUUCGCUGUCGUGGUGCGUUUACUUCAGUGCCGUCACAAUCCACCACUGGCUAGCCUUCGCCGUCUCCUGCCUUUUCAUGCUAUUUCUUUCUGCAUUAGCCUUCUGCCUCACGCUGACAUCGAUCUAUCAGAACCAUCAUUUGCUCUUUUCCUGCCUUAUGGCAGCCUCCGUUUGUUUGGUGACACUUCCCGCCCAUUUGACGUGUCGACAUGGUACUAUCAUUGAGGGUGAAGUUUCCCCUGCUGGCUUACUCGCCUUGUCCAUGGAGGCCCUUUUACUUAUCUACACCGUUAUCCCACUACCCUUGUAUAUGUGCAUCGGUAUCAGCAGUCUGUAUUCCGUGACUGUCGAGGCACUUUCCAUCUUUGUUGCAUCCUGCGAGACGAACGCUGCUGCUACCCUUGUCCGAGCUUUACUUCACUUGGGAGUUCAUCUGAUCGGCAUUCAUAUUUUCAUCAUGACCCAGGUGCGAAUGCGCUGCACCUUCCUGAAAGUUGGACAGUUGCUCCUCGUUCGGCGGGAACUAGAAGAAGAAGCUCAAUUAAAGGAAAAAAUGAUUCGGUCCGUUAUGCCACCAAAAGUUGCCGAUUGGCUCAUGAAAGACGGACAUGAUGAAGCUGAUGAAGACGACGACAAUCAGUCUAACGAAGAAAAAUAUCGUGGAGGCAAACUCUCAUCUGGAGUCAAUGAUCAGUUGCGAACCAUAUUCCGUCCUUUCAAUAUGCACCGAAUGGAAAAUGUCAGCAUUCUCUUUGCUGACAUCGUGGGUUUCACGCAAAUGAGUUCAAACAAAACAGCCGAGCAACUGGUCGGUUUGCUGAACGAUUUAUUUGGCCGCUUUGACUGUCUUUGCGGUCAACAUGGUUGUGAGAAAAUCUCAACGCUGGGUGACUGUUAUUACUGCGUAGCGGGCUGCCCAGAACCGCGGCCAGACCAUGCUGGCUGCUGUGUCGACAUGGGUCUCAGUAUGAUUGAAGCCAUUGGCCGCUUUGAUGAGGAGCGCCAUGAAAACGUCAGCAUGCGAGUUGGUGUUCACACUGGCACUGUACUCUGCGGUAUUGUCGGGGUCAAACGCUUCAAAUUUGACGUUUGGUCCAAUGAUGUAACGUUGGCUAAUCAAAUGGAAUCGACAGGAAAGCCCAGUCAAGUCCACGUAUCACAGGCUACGUUUGCCUUGCUAGACCAACAAGUCUAUUUUUCCGAGGAAGGGGCUGUCUAUCACGGAUUGAAAACUUACUUCGUUUUGGGCCGGAAAAACAAAAUAAAUAUUGAGGAUUCAGCAACGGCCGAAUUCACCGCCAUGUGGUUGGACGAAACUGAUCCCACCAUUUCUUUACCUUGUGAAGUAACUGUCCCGUCUCUGGUGCCUAUCAGCGGAAACAACGUCAACGCAAAUAGUAAAAAAGCCAAUUCGCUUCCUAGCAUUUUGGAUAUCUUGGAUGAAGUGGCCACAAGUAGCGAUAGCAACAGCAACAUGCCAUGCGAGUCAGCUCCAUUAAGAUCUUCUCGCUCAGUGAGUCAGGAUCGCAAAAAGAAAAAUAUCCACUAUCAUGCCCAACGGUCGCAACAAGACGAGUUGUCUCCGUUAUCUGCAGCUCCCAUGUCAGUGGAAAUGCGUAGUAGUAACGCUAUUGUCUGCCCGGCCGGUCAGAACGGUAGAACGGACGAAUUGUCUCUUUUUCCAUCAGUAGAGUCGUUUAUGAAAGCACAAGGGGCCACCAGUACUCCCAACACUCUGCAACGUAGACCAACUGCAUCUAACGCUUCACAACUAGGUGUUGGUGGUAUCACCGAUAUGGAACGUUCACCUACUAGUAUGAGUUUAGCUCUCUACAAUAAAGACGAGCUCGCCGAAUUAGAAGGUGCAGUGACAGAAAACAGUGUUGGACUACACGCCAGUCUGAGCCGAUUCCACCAGCUGCGCAAACAGUCGGACUUGGCCAUGAUCCGGUGUAUUCAAGAAGAUGAGUCUCAUCGAGUCUAUUUCAUGCGUCCACCUUUAAGUCAGGUCACAUUAUUUUUUAUCGAUACGGCAAUGGAAAAGGAAUAUCGAGCUCGUGCCCAUCAGCCAGAUCAACCCGGGGCCCGUCUUACAUUAGCAUCACCUACGUACAACACCUAUCUGGAUAUCUUGGUCUCGGCGGUGACCUUUGUGCUAGUUUCGCUUUCGUGUCUUGUUCAUUUUGAUUUUUCGUUAUCAUGGGGCAUCGUUUUCUUCUGGGGAGCGCUGAUUUUAUUGGCAACCAGUGCCAUUUUCUUACAUAAUUUAUGCUGCGAAGAUGCUGUUGGCCGGAACUUCUUUUCCAUCGUCCACAACUGGUGUACUCGUUGGUACUCGUGGCAUGUUUGCGGUGCUCUUCUUAUGAGCUUACCCGUUUUGGCGGUGAUGUCUAACUUCAGCUGUCGAGUAGUGGAGGAAAAGGAAGAAUCCAGUCGCAUUUUCUGGUAUCUCUUUUUCUUCAGUUUGGUUCAUUUUUGCAACUUCACGCAGCUCAACUGUUGGAUGAAGAACGCUCUGGCAGCUCUGGCUGCUCUCCUUUUUAUUGUCCUCGUCUCCACGCCCGUUUGUCCCUGCGAUUUCAUUACUCUCAACACCAAUUCCAGCGGCAGCAGCGACGGCAUUCCGAACUUUACGGAGACAGACUACGAGAAAACUGAACUGGCUCUUUGUUACGAGAUUAUUUUACAUCUACUUCUACUGCUUCUGUUGGUCUGUUUUCUAAAUCGCGAGUUUGAAAUCAGUUUCCGGCUGAGUUUCCACUGUAACACAGUGGCUGCCAGAGGCAAAGCCAAAGUUCAAAAUCUUAGAGAUCAAGCUGAUUGGUUGCUACACAACCUUCUUCCACCGCACGUCGUUGACCGUAUGAGAGUCCGUCCUGGUUAUUCUGAAAAUCACCUCCAAGCCGGCAUCCUGUUCGCAAGUCUUGUCAACUUUAACGAGAUGUAUGAUGAGUCAUAUCUGGGUGGACGGGAAUAUUUACGCGUCCUCAACGAGCUUAUUAGUGAUUUUGACGAGCUUCUUGGCCAGCCUCAAUUUACGAACGUUGAUAAAAUCAAAACGAUUGGUAGUACUUACAUGGCAGCAUCGGGAUUGAAUUCAGAAGUGCGUUCCCGAAACUCUCAUCGUCACCAGCAUCUCUUUGAACUGAUUGAAUUUGCCCAGCAAAUGCAAUGCGUUCUACAGAAUUUCAACCAAAACUUACUGGAAUUCAAUUUGAUUAUCCGCAUUGGCUACAACUGUGGUGACGUCACAGCCGGUGUCAUGACUGGAGGUAUCGGAACCAUGUCCAAGUUACACUACGACAUUUGGGGCGAUGCCGUUAAUAUUGCCAGUCGGAUGGACUCGACUGGCGUUCACGGUAGAAUUCAAACAACAGAAGCUUGCGUUCAUGUUCUUGAAGAACGUUACAAUUUUGAAAAACGUGGCACCGUUUUCGUCAAAGGCAAGAACGACAUGAACGUCUACUUGUUGGGUGAAAAGAAAAAGACAAAUCUUUUUUAAGUCUCCCCAUCUAUCGGAAAGCAAAGCUGCCAUUUUACAAAAGAAGAGAACCAAUUUACCUCUAAAUCAAGUGACCCUCACAUCACGGAGGUUGUGCCAUCCCGAAAGUCGUCUCUAGUUCGGCUUGUCAAUUGCUAACAGUGUAUCUCUUUUUAUUAAACUAACAAACGCUUGCAUUACUGUUUACCGUCAUUGUUUUGUUUACCAUUCCCUCGUAACUUCCCUUGCGUGCGCGAUUGCUGUUUCAGUCCUUAGAAAUUCGAUAGUUGUUUUUAUCUGAUGUCGUAUGCAUGUGAUCGAUGUUUCUUCCAAUCUUCGUCAACGAAAUCGCUGCCGUGCCUUUUGAACUUUUUUUGCCUUUUAAAAAUCAAAAAUUAAACAAUUCUGCCUUCGAUGUGGUUUGCACUAAAAAUGCCAAACUCUUUUAACCGUUUUCCGUUUUAUUGCGUAGCGCCGUCUGCCUGCGACCAAAAGAUGUCCGUUUUUAUUACAGUGAAUUGUUUGUAAUGUACAGGGAUAAAAGAUAAAGAUCUGAAUUAAUCCCACGACACCGAUUAAACGUGCACGGGUACUCGUGCUUUAAUAAAAAUUUAAAUCUC